AUGUCUCUCGACAGACAGCAAGAAGAUGGAAUCGAGUUCCGCGAGGAGGGGAGGUCUGACUUCGACAGUCUUUGCCCAGCAGACCAAGGCAUAGGUGCUUGGAAGUUUCUCUUCGCAUCUUGGGUGCUAGAUGCCUUGCUUUGGGGCUUAGCCUUGGCUUACGGGGUCUUCCAAGAUUACUACACUUUGCAGCCAGAAUUCGCCGGAUCGCCAAAUAUUGCCGUGGUGGGAGCUGUGUCAACAAGCAUAUACUUCCUCGGUGCACCAUUUGCAACACACGCUGUCAUGAAGUUCCCUCGAUGGAGAUAUCAUAUCAUACUGGUGGGCUCGGCGAUUUGUGUGCUUUCUCUUGUAGGGGCAUCAUUUGCGCCCUCCGUUGCUGUUCUGAUUGCCACGCAGGGUGUUUUAUUUGGACUCGGGUUUCUCUGUGUCUUUUUCCCCCUUUUAUCGUUUCUCGAUGAAUGGUUCAUCAAACGAAGAGCGUUCGCAUAUGCGGUGGUAUACUCUGGUAGUGGCUGCAGCGGAGUGGCAAUUCCAUUCCUAGCGGAGUGGCUUUUGUCGAAAUACGGGUUUCGGACUACAUUGCGAAUAUUCGCUGUGGCCCAGGUCACUUUGCUUGUUCCUAUAUUACCUUUCAUUCACGGAAGACUGCCGGUUUCUACUCAAAGAACACCACAAAAGGUCGACCUGCGAUUCUUGAAAGCUCCGAUGUUUUGGGGCAUGGUGAUUUCAAACUCGACUCAAAGCUUUGCAUACUACAUCCCUUCGCUCUAUCUGCCGACGUUUGCCAGCAGAAUAGGACUUUCAGGGAAGAUUGGGGCACUGGUUCUGGCAGCACUCAACCUGGCUACAGUUAUUGGCCAACUUGGGUUUGGGGCGUUGUCAGAUCGUGUCAACAAUGCUCUGGUACUUCCUGUUAUCACGGGCGUGGUAUCUUCAACGGCCACCUUUUUGUUAUGGGGGUUCGCAAAAUCCUUGUCACCACUUCUUGUCUUCAGUGUUGUCUAUGGCCUGUUUGCGGGUGCCUAUGUCGUGGUCUGGCCUCGAUUCGGGUCCAUGCUUUCCGACGACCCUCAGCUCGUCUAUAGCUUGAUGGCUUUUGGCAAAGGAAUUGGGAACAUUUCGACAGCUCCAAUCUCGGCAGCUCUGCUCAAAUUGCAACUCCAGUCAAAGUAUGGAUCUGGCGAAUUUGGGCCCUUGAUUAUUUACUUGGGAUCCCUGAUGCUCCUCUCGUCUUUUGCUGUACUUCCCUGGUUGAUAUUCUGUCCAGAAAGACACCGUAUGGGAGGUUGA